GCCCAUAUCAGCUGAGGAAAGCUAAAAGCGGUUAAACGACUAGGGAAGGAUAUCGCCUGCACCGGCUUCUCUGCUCGACUGCUCGAAUCUCACCACCGAAGGACGUCCGACGGUCAGAGUGUUGUUUCGGACGGAACUCGCUAGUCGCCUCUCACUUCUCUGGCUUGGGAAGUUGGGCUUUUCGCAGAACGGCAGAAUCACAGACAAAAUGAUGAAGCAGCAAAGACAGAAAUCUGAGCAUUCCAAAGCUGCCACUCUAGAUGACCCAGAUGUAAAAGUGGACUUCAAGUCUAUCCUGAAAGACAUCCAAUUUUUAGGUGCCCCACACAUGACAUGGAAGGAGAAGAAGGAUUUGGAAAACAAAAAAGUUGCUUCUCUUGGGGGAAAGCAUCCAAAGAAGCAGAGACUUCCACUUAGUGUGGCUCGGGUGAUGAUGAAGAAACAGAAGGAGAGGGAGCAAAAAGAGUUAGAAGAGAAUUUAAUUCUUAGGCGAUUUGGGAUAAAUAACGGAUGCAGCUCUAGAAGAGGAGCUCAAAGGCGCAUCCCUGAAGACAGGGUACUAAAAUCAAGUGAAGGUCGGUUCAGGAAUGGCGUGCUCGAUGUAAAAGGUAUGUUUAAACCAUCUACGUCGACAGCUGUCCCUGAUGAGAAAAAGUUUACUCCUUACAAAGGUAUGAAGAAAAAAGGGGGCAAUAAGAACAAGGGCAAGAAGGGUGGCCGUGGAAAGCGCCACUAGAUAUGCUGUUAUUGUUUCAUAAGAGGUAGUUUGCAAUUUUGCUAGUUAGUGUAUUCAAAAUAGGCAUUUAAUGUCUUAUUGUUAGCUGUUACGAUUUAUAAACUAUGUCGCACAGAGAACCAGAGGUUUGUACGUGAAAUUCAAGUAGUGAGCUAUCAUGCUUUACUAUGAGUUAGUUAUACAGAGAGUGUUUAUUCGCCUUUUGAUAUUACUUUUUCAUUAACUUGUAAGCAAUUUAUUUUGUAACUUGUAAGGGCUAGUAUAAUGGUAAUUUACUGCUUCAUGUUGAUAACUUGAUGGAAAUGGCUCCUCCCAUUUUCACUACCAUGAUUCCAUGAAGAGAUCAAAAUGGAAGCCUGCU